AUGAGCGCAAUCACAGCUCAGGUCCACAUCGAUACCUCCACCAGCUCCUCAAAGGCACUACCCACCACACCCAUCCCGCUCACCAACCCCACCUCCAACACCCUCACACCAAGCACGGAGCUUCGCAUCCCUCUCGCUCCCUCAGCAAACAACAAACCACAACAGCUAUCCGAUCUGGCAGAUGCAAUGGACACUACAAGGGCGAGCUUGAACCAGGUUUUGACGGCAUGGAAGGACUGGGCCGGUAAGGAAGAUGCCAGCCGAACGAACGAAGAGGAGGACGGAGAGGAGGAUGAGGACGAGGAGGAGUAG